CCGUACUGGCCCGUUCGCGUGCUACACCCCUGCACCCGAUUGGUGGAUAUAAACGGGGUCGAAGUUGACAGAAGGGGCAGAGCCGUAAGUGAUGCCAAACUUGUGUGGAAGGUGAUAAGGGGCCAGUCCCGGCGUUGUUAUGUUAUUCCGGUCUGGAGUAUCGAGUGCCCGCGCUCUUGGUCUCCUCGGAGCUGCGUCGACUUAUCCAUCCGCAGCCGUGAGAGCCCAGGGCCGAAUAGCAGCUCUUCUCCACACCCCUGCGAGGAAAUCUUCUCUGGUGGAACAAAGCAACAUGAACGUAGAGCUUCUCCCAGCACUCAGUGACAACUACAUGUACCUGCUCAUCGAUGCCGACACCAAGGAGGCGGCCGUCGUUGACCCCGUUGAACCAGUUAAGGUUGUAGAGGCGGUCAGAAAGCAUGGUGUAAGACUCACAACAGUCCUGACCACCCAUCAUCACUGGGAUCAUGCCGGCGGAAAUGAGAAGAUGGUGAGACUGAUGCCUGGGCUCAGGGUGUAUGGAGGAGACGACAGAGUUGAUGCCCUUACGAAGAAAGUCUCUCACUCCAAUAGUUUCAAAGUUGGCUCGCUUAGUGUUAAGUGCCUGUUUACUCCCUGCCACACAACGGGUCACAUAUGUUAUUUUGUGACAAAAGAAAAUGGCACUGACCCACCGGCUGUCUUCACAGGGGACACGUUGUUUGUGGCUGGCUGUGGUAAAUUCUUCGAGGGCACGGCAGAGCAGAUGUACAGAGCCUUGAUAGACAUUUUGGGACGUCUGCCCCCUGAAACGCGUGUUUACUGUGGUCAUGAGUACACUGUCAGUAAUCUGAAAUUUGCUCGUCACGUGGAACCAGACAACGAUGUCAUCCGGAAGAAACUCGCAUGGGCAAAAGAGAAAUGCAGCAAUGGAGAACCGACCAUCCCGUCUACGUUGGCAGAUGAAUUCACAUUUAAUCCGUUCAUGAGAGUAAAAGAGAAGUCAGUGCAAGACCACGUCAAGCAGACGGAGGCCGUUGAAACCAUGAGAAGUCUGCGGAAAGAAAAGGAUGGCUUCAAGCUGCUAGAGAUAGUGAAGAGAGAGGGGUUGUCUCUUAGGGCUGUUCUUACUACGCACCAUCACUGGGACCACGCCCGAGGGAACGAGGCUCUCUUGAAGGAGGUCCCAGGGUUACGGGUGUAUGGGGGAGAUGACCGCAUCAAGGGGCUCACUGACAAAGUCACCAAUACUCAGGAACUCAAGGUGCCCACACUGCACUCAUGUGAACAGAGAAUGCAGAUUUAUGAAGCGUGGGAAUUUAACUCCAUCAAUGUGAGGUGCCUGUUUACUCCCUGCCAUACCUCUGGUCACAUGUGCUACUUUGUUUGGGAGGAUGAGUGCUCUGAUGCCCCCGCUGUGUUCACAGGUGAUACGCUGUUUGUUGGUGGCUGUGGGCGGUUCUUUGAGGGCACGGCAGAACAGAUGUACCACAACCUGACCCAGGUGCUGGGCUCCUUACCUCAACACACGAAGGUGUUUUGUGGACAUGAGUACACAAUUAAGAACUUGAAGUUUGCCAUGCUGGUGGAGCCUGAGAAUGAGAGAGUGAAGGAGAUGCUGAGCUGGGCCAGGGCUAGGGACGACGAUGACAAACCCACAGUGCCGUCCACCUUAAUGGAGGAGUAUGAAUACAACCCUUUCCUUCGCCUCUCGGAGGAAGCAGUGCAGAAGUUCACAGGGAAGACCGACCCAAUAGAGGUGUUAAGGGUCCUACGACAGGAGAAGGACAAGUUUAAAAAGCCCAAAGAGAGAAUUCCCCCCCACGCUAUGCUGGCUCUGGAGUGGGGACUGCUCAGACCCUGA